CCUUCCCCCUUUGGUGUGCCAAAGGCCCCCAAUCUGCCAGGGGCCCCAUACCGGCCCCCUCAUGUGCUUUCCAAGUCCAGAGUCUCUCGGGGUCCCCGUCGGCCUCCCCUUGCUGCUGUCUCCAUCGCCCCCACUCGGGGGUGUGCCACUUUUUCAGGUCUCCUACAACUGCUGGUGGGUUUCUCCAUUUUUUUGUCAUAGGGUCUUUCUUGGAAUCCUUGCUGCUGCCUCCACCGCCACACUGUGGCUCCACACUCUGGUUUUGGCCCCAUGACUGCCCCACAUGAGUGAAGUGUGCGGUGAUUCUAAGAUCGACGGCACUCAUCUGCAUGUCAUACUGACUGUCAGUAUUAUUUCUCUUCCCCAGCAGACUCCAAGGGCAUUUAAAUUAAAGGUACAGUGUUCUGCACUAAUAUAA